CUUCCCCCUCUCUCCUACCCCUUUUCCUCUAACCUUUAGCUUUUCCUCCCUCUCUCCUUCCUUCCCUCCUCUCUUCUCUUCCAUCCCUUAAUCUUCCUCUAACAAGUCCUAGCCCAAUUCAGAUCCUUAGCUGCUGGUUUUUCUUGUUCCUUUUCUGAGCUAGAUUUCUUGCUGGUGAGGUGAAGUUAGUGUCAUGAGUCCACCGAGUGUGAUAGGGCAAUUUGGGGACACAACCUACACCAAGGUGUUUGUAGGAGGGCUGGCAUGGGAGACCCAGAAGGAGACCAUGAGGAAGUACUUCGAGCAGUUUGGGGAGAUUCUGGAAGCAGUUGUUAUCACUGACAAGAACACUGGCAGAUCCAAGGGCUAUGGAUUUGUUACCUUCCGGGACCCGGAUGCCGCGAUGAGGGCUUGUGUUGAUCCCGCGCCGGUGAUCGACGGGAGAAGGGCUAACUGCAAUCUUGCUUCCCUUGGGGUUCAGAGAUCUAGGCCUCCAACCCCACAGCAUGGAGGGGCUAGGAGCUUUAGGGUGAUGAAGUCCUUUAGCCAGCAGGCAGGGAUCCAAGGUGGUCUGGGCGCAGCUUUUCCUUCUCACGCCACCUUCCCCCAUUAUGCUAUCCCACAAGGCCUCCCUUACCAUGUCUAUGGGUACUCUCCCUAUUCUCCAGACUACAGUUAUCCCACAAACUACUACAACAUCUAUGGAGGAGCCCAGUACCCAUUUUAUGGAGCGGCGGCGGCGGCAGCAGCAGCUGGCAUGGUGACUGGAAGCAGCCCUUUUUAUCCAUAUUUCCAGUUUGGGCAGUCAGGAAGCACUACAACCAACUAUGCAAGUGGACAAGGCUACAACUUGCAAUACCCACAGAUGUUUCACUUCUCCACUGUGGCUUCUACAGCUGCUGCUGUAACAGGCUUUGCACAGCAAUAUGGAGGGCCAUUGUCACUUGCAGCGAGUCCUCAAGCCCAAGCAGUGUGUGUCCCCAUUAAACAGGCAUGACUAUGGCACUCACGGCUCCUACUUUGCCAACUCCAACUCAAGCUACUCAUCCUUACCGGCUCAUCCCCUCGCACUUUGCUGUGUCUGCUGCUCCAGAGCAACCCUUGGCCUAACCAUGGUCUCCUUCUCAUCGUCACUCUCAUUUUUCUUUCCCACAUGUUGAGUCCAUGCAUCCAUCUCUAACACCAAAAGGCACUAUUGUUGACCUCAUGCUCAUCAGCUCAAAGUGCACACUCCAUACCCCCACAUGGUCAUGUGGUGAUUGGAGAUUAGCUUCAGCCCCAGGAUGGGCUCAAAGCUUGACGCCCCAUGGAUGGGGUUGUACUAACAGAGACAAAUCAACCAAUUUAACCGCAGUCCAAGGAAGGACUUCAUGGAUUAAUUUAGGCCCUAGCAGAAGGCUAUGGGCAAAAGUAACCCUAACAAUCAAGCAUUAACCCAGGGAGGGUUCAUGCUGAUACAAGCCAAUUGGACAAAAGUGACAUCUAAACAACUGAUCGAGCAAGAAUGCCACUUCAAAAUUUCAUCAGUGGAAUCUAUAUUGUAUUUAGCAUAGACCACAUGCUUCUGGAUGAAGCACAAACCAUUUAGCAGACCCUAAUGUUCUAGUCUUCGUGUUACCUAGAGGAAAUCAACUUGACAUGUAACCAGUCUAAACCUCUUUUCCAUGCAAAUUAGCCCCUCAGUAACUUAUCUAACAUCAUGAGUUAACUUGUGUAACCAACCUUUAACCUUUAGUAAGCAACUAUUAGGUGCACCAACUAACAUUCCUUUUUAUCUUCCAGUUGAUAACUUGCAUCUAGGUGGUCAAGGCUCUAAGGAGAGCCUGUGCCCCUUGUCAGAGACAGGUUCAGAGGAGUGCUAAUGUUUGUUUUUGGCACUUAGUGCUACCUCCUGUCAUUUCUAACAUAGUGAUGGUACUCCAAAGAAGGCUUUGGAAAUGCCAGACACUGCUGUGUAUUUCAUUAACCCCAAUGGACCCAUAGAUAUAUUUUAUUGUCUUGGGUCGGCCACUCAUCUAGAUGUUCAUUGCUCCCCCAGUGUCACUACCAUGGUUAGGUCCAGGUCUCCAGGAUCCCUUCUUUCUCUCCUCUUCCCUCUCUCUGUGUGUGCAGAGAGAAACCUUAAUGCUUUUAAUGUACUAUUAUCGGACAUGGUUAUUGUAAUAAUAAGUAGUACUGUGGCACUUUUAGGACAA